AUGUCAUUUUCCGGCCGCCGCGUCAGUAUCUUGCGCCCCUCCAGCGAACGCCGCUUCUCCAUCGGCAAGGGGCUCUCCGACAACGAGCUACGAUCGGAGACUCAUCGCCAGUUCCGGACCGCCCACGAAGGCCACCGACCCCACGCCGGCCUUGACGCCUCUCGUGCUUCGACCGGUGUUGUCUGGUGUACCGAGCGAGCCACCGAGCAUGGCUACGCCGAAGACCCCUCUGCCUGGGCCAAUCUAGGCCAGGGUGCCCCCGAGGCUGACGAUGAGAUUGAGGGGAGCUUCCCCCGUCCAACGUCGAUCCCCAUCACGUCCGCGGCGCGGGAAUACGGCCCGACCGCCGGUAUCAAGCCCCUACGUGCGGCCGUCGCGCGUCUGUACAACGAGCACUAUCGCCAAGGGAAGGAGAGCCAGUAUACCUGGGAGAAUGUCUGCAUCGUCCCCGGUGGACGUGCCGGUCUGAUUCGAAUCGCGGCUAUCCUGGGCAACUCGUACCUGUCUUUCCCCAUCCCCGAUUACUCCGCGUACUCGGAGAUGCUCACGCUGUUCAAGAACAUUGCUCCCAUCCCCAUUCCGCUCUCCCAGGAAGACCACUAUCACAUCUCCCCCAACAAGAUCGCCGAGGAAAUUGCGCGUGGCACCCAGGUGCUGCUGACCUCGAACCCUCGCAACCCCACCGGUCACUUCGUGCAGCAUGAGGAGCUGGCUGAGAUCCAGGAUAUUUGCCGGGACCGCGCCACCCUGAUUCUGGACGAGUUCUACGGCGGCUACAACUACACCACUGACUGCGACGGCAGCACCAUUAGCGGUGCGGCGCACGUCGUCGACGUCAACCAAGAUGACGUGCUUUUGAUCGACGGCCUGACCAAGCGCUUCCGCCUGCCGGGCUGGCGUAUCGCCUGGGUCGUCGGACCGAAAGAGUUCGUCGACGCGCUGGGCUCCGCCGGCUCUUAUCUCGAUGGCGGUGCGAAUGUGCCGUUCCAAGAAGCCGCGAUCCCGAUGCUGGAGCCGUCGCUGGUGCGCUCGGAGAUGAAGGCGCUGCAGGUACACUUCCGCGAGAAGCGUGACUUCGUGCUGCAGCGUCUGGCGGAGAUCGGGUUCCGCGUGCAGGACGUGCCGCAGGCCACCUUCUACAUCUGGUUGGACCUGACCAGCCUGGACCCGCCGCUGCCAGCGGAGGCCAACAUCUCGGACGGGCUGAACUUCUUCAACGCGCUGCUGACCGAGAAGGUCAUUGUUGUGCCGGGCAUCUUCUUCGACUUGAACCCGGCCAAGCGCCGAGAUCUGUUCGAUAGCCCGUGCCACCACUUCGUACGUCUGAGUUAUGGACCGAAGAUGGACGUGCUGAAGAUGGGACUGGAUGGUAUCGAGCGGGUGAUCAAGCGGGCGCGCGAGAUGGGACAAAAGAAGUGGGAGGAUGAGGUUGCUAUUCAGGAUGAUUAG